AUGGGUUCUACGCAGUUUGGCAACUUUCAAGUGAGUCUUACCAAGCUCGAGCCUGCACUACUCGUGCAACCCGAAGCUAACUUCAACUCAAGGACUUCUGUCGAGAUUCGACCCUACCCAUCUGCAAUGUACAUUCUCACCGACAAUAAUCAACCGCCCGGGAUCGGGUAUGUCACAGGCGAUGCUGGUUGCGUCCUGCGCGGCAUAUCGCUCAGUAACAACAGGAACCUCGCGAACCUUGGUUCAAUAUUACUUUGCGCCAUCGCAAUCCUCGUCAGCCUCUUCCUCUUAUGGCGAGCGGACCGUAAAGCGGCUGCCGUAGGCCGGAGGGAAAUGCAACUUUUCCUCAUUGGCUUCAUCAUCAUCGAAAUAUGCGAAAUCUUCACAGUUGGAGGCUUCCCUCUGGACAACAACGUCAGGAAAGGCUUUACGGCUGUCCACCUAGCAACAAUCACAGCGACAUCGUGGAUUCUCUUGAUGAAUGCCUUUGUGGGAUAUCAAUUACUCGAUGAUGGUACUCCCCUGUCUAUAGCUUUGGUCGGAGGAACCGCUGCAGCUCUGUUUAUCGGCACAGGCUAUAUCUCGCUCGACACUGCAUUCGACUGGACUGGCUAUUGGCAAGAUGAUUCCUAUGGCCCUCUGCAUCGCAACGUCGCGCUAUACGUACUGUACCAGCUGGCACCCCUGGUCUUCCUCUUCCUAUUCUUCAUCCUCGAAUCCGUCCUCGUCCUUAGGGUCCUUGGCGAAAGGAAACCCAUGCUCUAUCUCGCCACUGCGGCCCUUUUAUUUGCCAUAGGGCAGAUCUUCCAAUAUGUCAUAUCGGUGCAUAUCUGUAAUGCAGCCGAUGGCAAAAUAAAUGGUGCGCUUUUUGAGACAUUAUUCACUCUCUUAAGUGUCGUUGCAAUCUUCGUCUUCUGGUCAUCUAUUACGGAAGAUGACUGGCCUAUACAAUGA